AUGGCCACACCAAUGAAGACUGUUAGACGCAACCCCUCUUAUUCUUUCCUGAAUCCGAAUCUGGAUUCCAUUGGGUGUUUAGCAAAGAAGAUUACGCCAGAUGAGACAACCAACUUCAGAAAGGAAUAUGGGUACAUUCUGAGCCUUCUCAAGAUGCCGUUCACCAAGUACGAGCAAGAGGGAGUUCAUACUUUGCUUCAGUUCUAUAAUCCUUCCCUCCGCUGCUUCACGUUCACCGACUACCUCUUGGUUCCUACACUGGAAGAGUAUUCCCUAUUUCUUGGCAUCCCCAUAAAGAAGGAAGUGCCAUACUAUAGCACCAUGAAGGCCCCUGAUUCCAUUGAAAUUGCUAAGGCUCUUUAUUUGAGCAAGUCGGUCGUGGAGGCAAAUCUCACCAAGAAAGGAGGAGGUUUGGGUUUUUGCAUGGAGUUUCUGGUCAAAAGGGGUUGUGAGGCUGCUGAAGCAAAAGAAUGGGACACAUUUAGGGCUAUCUUGGCUCUAAGUAUAUAUGGCAUCGUGUCACAUCUGCCUGAGCGUGGAGCUUUCGUUGAUAGUAGGCACACAUCUAAAUGGGCUGAAAGGAUUAUGGGGCUGAGGGCUAAAGAUAUUGUCUGGUACAAUAGCGCUUUAGAUGACAAGGAAGUUAUUAUGAGUUGCGGAAAGUUCAAAAACGUACCUCUCAUGGGUCUUAGGGGCGGAAUCAACUAUAACCCCGUCUUGGCCAGAAGAACGUUUGGAUAUGCUUUUAUCAGUCCACCUGAGCAAACCGAGAUAGCUGAGAACAUUUUCUAUCAUGUGGUCACCGACAAUGGGCAGAUGGCAGAAGCUGUAUAA